AUCCAGGGGUAUAUAGUAUCUAUGGUUAAAUCAUAAGGUGGGUCCUCCACAAUGAUUCCAGUCAGUGCGAGUAAAGAGUGUGAAGAGAGCGAGAGAUUAAUGAGUUAUAUAUAGGGGGAGUUAAGGCCACUGCACAUUUCUUGAGAUAAAGAGGCCCAAUACCAUCAUUACCCAGUGCUUUCGAACCAUCUAGAGAAGAAAGCACACGAUACACUUCAUCCUCUUCACCCCGGCGGCGGCACUGAACACUGCGAUGGAAGAAACAUGAUCACAGUUUGGUGGUGGAGUAUGUAUAUCAGUCAUAAUUUUCAUUUUGUAUUUUCGUUGGUUAUUCGGAAUUAUACUUGUCCUUGUUUCUGUUACUUUUUUGCGAAUUUGCUCUAGACUCCGAGCUAGAAUCCUACCGUGGCUUCAUCUUGUUUUUUUUUUUAAUUUUUUUAAACCAUAGAUGCUAUGAUUCCACUUCACUCGCUGCGUGGGCGGCUAACUUCCUUUAUCCACCCAUUUCCUUUUCCUUCCAACUCAUACUCAACUUUACCAAUUAGCAGUCACAAAAUGGAUGGUGCUUAUCAGCAAGACAUUGAGCUACUUGAAAAGGCUUUCCUCAUGUUUGGUUUGGCAGCUGAUGACCGAGAAGUGGAAAGAUUAAUAAAAGCUUUUUUAGUUCCUGUUACUUUGAAAAUGAAUUCAAAAUUUAAACCAGUUCAAGACAAGGCCAUGGAAUUAUUAAGUCACAUUACAAAGAGGCUACAAACUCGUUCUCAAGUGCAACUACCAAUAAUUGUAUUGAUUGAACAACUUGAUGGUGCUACUCCUCUUGUUCAAAAUUUCAUAUUAGUAUAUUUGAGAAUAGGGAUACCUAGAUUGAGUCCUGUUGAUCAAAUUGAAAUAUUACCUUUAUUAAUUAAAUCAAUGAAUAACAAAACAAAGAAACAAAUUGAUAGUAUACUCUCACUAUAUUCUGGAGCACUGAUUCAUUUGACUAUUACUGAUGCAGCUGCAUUAAAGUCACUGGUCCCUCCUGAUGGAACCAUGAAAGAAUAUUAUCUCUGUUAUCAAUUAACAUUGCUAUUAAUACCAUACAGCUAUGAAGGUGAUUUGCCUCCACCAGGACUCACAGUAUCUCAAUAUAAACAAAUAGUAUCUGAUAAACCAGUUGAUCCUGACACACUUGAAAAAAUGAAAGUUGCUACUAUUCACUUACUAUCAUCUGAAUUGUUUGCAAUUAAUGAAAUGUUAAUUCAUUUGAUAAUUGGAUCAUGUGACCCAAGACACAGUGUUUAUGAAUUAUGUGAUCAGAAAUUAAAGCAUAAUAGUGAUUAUGAAGAUAAUGGAGUUAUAGAGAAGCUAUAUAAUAUAUAUCUUGGAACUGCAAGUGAGCCUUAUUGUUAUUAUUUGUGGUCUGUUAAUUUUUGUUAUUUUCAUGUUCACCAUAUAAUUGUACAUUUGACUCACUGAAAACAAAAAUGUAAGAUUGAGGUCGGUUUAGU